UAUAUAUAUAUAUAUAUACAUAUAACUGAAUAUUAGCCACUAUUCAACAUAAGUAAAUAAACAUAGAACAGAGGGGAUAUGGCUGACACUGCUUAUGUAAUUCAUACAUUUAAAUGAGCGAACCAUUUCUUACCCCCCUCCUUCUCCCUUUUUUUUUUCUUUGUUUCUCAUCUUCAUACCCCUUCCCCUCAACAAGAUGACCAUGGAAAGUAUUCACCCACAUCAUACUAAACCACAGAAAGGCAUUAUGGAAAUGGAGCAACUUAUCACUAUGAUGCAAAACCAUAAAGUAUCAGAGGAUACAGCAUUAUUUGAUUUCAAGGCACCUACUACUCGAAUCAUACCCAAUCAUAACAAUACCAGUCGUUUUAUGCCUUUUUCAGAAUUCAAAUUCUCGUUUGAAGCGAAUAUUACCCAUACAAAUGGUACUCGAAGUUAUAGUUCAAGUAGUAGUGAUAGUAGUGAUAGUCAGCAUAUUCAGAAUGAUAUGGAGUUCAUGGAUACUAAACCACAGCACCUGAUCAACCGAAAAAUUCUACCUUUACCUAAAAUUCGCUGGAAGACACAAUCAACAGAAAAUAUCAAGCCAGUUUCAUUAGACACAAACCUAUUUCGUCUUCCUACAUCUGCAGACACAAGCACACACCGAGAAAAGGCUAAAAAAAUGAAAUGUUCAGACAAUAGCAGCCAUAAACGAAAAGAACGAAACUGGAAAGAUCACCUUAUCAAAAAAGAUAUAUCCCUUUUGGAGUUACCUAUCCAUCACAAGAAAAAGACAGAUCCUAUCGUAUUGCCAAACAAAAACACAGCCAAAAAGACCAACCAAAAAAAGACGAAAAAAAAAAAGAAAAAAGAGGAAAUGGCACCAGGUGGGUUUUUGUCUUCGGAUAUCACUUUGUUUCAUAGUUCAUCUCUGGAGGAUGAAUGGAUAUGUCUGUUUUGUCAAUACGAUAUUUUGAUGAACGGACUAGAAGAGGCAAGGCGAAAAAAUGGUUAUUAUCGUCGAAAACGAGAGAGAAACAGACGGCUUAAAGAAGCAGAAUUAAAAAGAUUAGGCUUGGAGGAUUCUGAAGAAGAAGAAGUAGUAGUAGUAGAAGGAGAGAGCUGUAGUCAUCAUCACUAAUACAUAAUUAUUUUA